AUGGCAGAAAAACUCUUAGCGAAAUAUUUUCCUCCCGCUAAAACUGCCAAGAUGAGGAAUGAUAUCUCUUCCUUCUACCAGUUGGAGACAGAGAUGUUAUACGAUACGUGGGAGAGGUUUAAGGAAUUGCUGCGGAAGUGCCCACAUCAUAGGAUUCCUAACUGGCUUCAAGUGCAAACCUUCUAUAAUGGGUUAAACUCAGCCACAAGACAAAUGAUAGAUGCUGCAGCUAGGGGCACUUUGAAUAGCAAGACACCAGGGGCUGCACAAAAACUGUUUGAAGAAAUGGCAAUGAACAACUAUCAAUGGAGCUCCACUCGAUCCAAACCUUCGAAAUCUGCUGAAAUUUAUAGUCUUGAUGCAGUAACAUCCUUGGCAAUGCAAGUUGAAGCCUUAGGGAAGAAAAUUUAUGGUUUAUCUGUUAACCAUCCAGUUGCUCCGAUGAUGAGAUGUGAUAUUUGUGGAGGAGGCCACCCUAAUCAUGAGUGUCGAGCUACUCAAGAAGAACAUGCCAAUGUGAUAGGAAAUAGACCACCGUACCAAAAUUAUAAUGGCAUGAAUAACCCAGACUAUAGGAACUAUGCAAACCCAUCAUGGAACAACAACCAACAGCCAACGCGAAACAACACACCCUCACGAUAUCAACAAGCCCCACAUCAACUACCACCCCUAGUUGAAAAGAAGUCAAACCUUGAGGAGUUGAUGACCAAAUUCAUUCAAUUUUCAGAAUCUCGGUUCCAAUCUACCGAGACAGCACUAAGAAAUCAACAAGCCUCUAUCCAUAAUCUAGAAAUUCAGUUGGUUCAAAUUUCUAGACUUCUCUCAGAAAGACCCCAAGGAAGCUUGCCUGGCAAUACUGAGACUAAUCCUAGGGAGCAGGUUAAUGCAGUAACAUUAAAGAGUGGCAGAACAUUACAAGAGAAGGGGAAGCAAGAAACAAAAAAAGAUGCAGUUGAAGAGGAGGAUAAAUGUCAAGAGGAGAUUGUGGAAAAGCCCCCUGUAGUGAAAGAAUUCAUACCCCCACUUCCCUACCCAGCAAGAUUGAAGAAAGACAAGGAUGAUGAACAAUUUGGUAAAUUUCUAUCCUUAUUUCGUCAACUUCAUAUUAAUUUACCGUUUAUUGAUGCCUUGGCACAGAUGCCCAAGUACGCCAAAUUUCUGAAGGAUCUACUGUCCAACAAGAAGAAAUUGGAGGAAUUGAUAGUUGAUAGGGCUUUAGCUGAUUUAGGUGCUAGCAUUAAUUUGAUGCCAUAUUCUGUUUUUAAGAAAUUAGGUUUGGGAGAACGUAGGUUAACUAGAAUGAGUAUUCAACUAGCUGAUAGGUCAAUUAAAUAUCCUAGGGGUAUCAUCCAGUAUGUGCUUGUAAAAGUGGACAAAUUUAUUUUUCCUGUUGAUUUUGUGAUUCUUGAUAUGGACGAGGACACUGAUGUCCCCUUGAUCUUAGGUCAUCCAUUUUUAGCUACUGCAGGGGCUAUAAUUUAUGUGAGGGAUGGAAAAAGCUUAGUUCACGAAGGAGGAAACGAUGGUAUGAGCUUGCUAACUCAAGAACAGUGGUGUCAUUUAGAAGCUACUAAGCCAUUAUGGAGAAAGAUGAACUUUGAAGUUUUGGAGUGGAAAUCAAAGAAGCAACCCAACCCAUCCAUUAAUGAACCACCAGAUGAAAAAUUGAAGGUUUCCUCUCCACUUGAAUCCCAGAUUAGCUUUGCUUCCCACGACUCUUUGCUUAUUUAUUUACUUUUCAGGGAAGUUUCAGUUGCACUUUAA